AUGGAAGAAAGCCCCGACGCCCCGGAACCUCCUCGAUCGGUUCAAGACCAGCGUGGUUCCGAAUUGGACUUGUUUGUCCGUCAUAAGCCCGGUCAAUUGCAAAAAAUUCCUGAUUUACGCGCCAAAAUCGAGUCAAUUCUUGCGUCCUUGGACUCAUACUCAACCGCUAUCGAUGAAGGAAAGGGUAUCGCGAGGCACCUGAACGUACCCCUACUCGGCAGCAGAUUGGAAGACAUCAUUGGCGGCUCCUUCAGCAGCCCUUGCCCGCGUAUCGUUGAGACAAAUGGUCCGAUGAAUGACUAUGGAGUUACUCCGGGCUGGGUAGAUCUCAUUCGGGACGCAAGACCUGGCCAGUUCGAACCCCAUGGCAAUGAGAUGUUUCAUUACCGUACGCAAGGCCUGACAAUAGAAAUGAACAAACAUGACCGGGAAGCAGUUUGCUCUCCUGUUUUUCGGAAGAUAUUCUGCUCGGGGCUCCUCCCUGAGGAUCUGAAAGCAGAGCAGGAGACUAUUACUGCCCUGCUAGGCGACAUGUCUGAGCUGGGUAAAGAUAUGAUACAAGCAUUUGCGAAGAUCCAACACGUCGUGAAACAACUCAAAGAUUAUAGCAGCAAUCUCUCGGCUUCGACCGGAAUCGCACCGUCCUCCCCUGAGCCUGUUAGCCAGGGGCCGAUCAUGUCUUCACGGCUUUCAUCUCUCGGAUCUUCAGUUGGGAAUUCGGGGGGUGAAGAGAAUUGCACCUUGCCAAUUGAUGGACCACAAACUCCCCCACCUGAUACCCGACUAGUGCAAACUCAGCAAAUCACGCCGCACCGGGCCCCUGCUGCAUCUGAAAGAGUAACCAUUUGCACAAAGACUGAGGGGGAAGGCGUGCUUCAUUCACAGCCUCGCCACCGCUGGACCAGGGCAGAAAAAACAGCAUAUGCGGACUUUAUGCGUGGCCGAUGUCAUAUGUCCUGGCCAAGGAUAGCAGACGAUUACUGGAAGACCACGGGGAAUCGGGUUAGUGUCAAUUCUCUAAGGCAGCAGGCUAAGCGAAUGGGGAUCCAAGUAGAGUGUGGAAAGCCGGAAAGACCUUCGAAAUCGAGCCGGUCGAGCCGAUCGAGCCCCUUGGUGCUGAAGGUCAACUUCCCUCCGCACUCAGGGAAGUCGGCCAAGAAUGAUCAACAACCAAAUUCCAUCGGAGUUACGCAAGAUGGACACCAUGGGGUGGGCGACAGACUAGAAGCCUCCAAAACGCAUGGGCAUAACACUGAGCCCAAAUACUCCACGCCGAAUUCACCUUACUCACCGCAAGAUAUACCCAUGUCCAACGAUAAGCGCAACCUUCAAACUCAAGGCUCCGGCCAAGAUUCUGCCGGCCAGCUGAACUGGAUAUUAAACUGA